AUGGAUAAGAUAAAAUCACACUUACCACAGCCAAAAGUCAAUUUAACAAAAAUUAUUAGCACAAUGAGAGGUACUACCAAAAAGACUCAUCAAAAAACAACAGAGGAUCAAAGUAUCAUGUCACAUGAAAGUUCUAGUGGUGUUCCUGAUGUGUUGAAAAAGGCAAAGAGUACAAUGAACAUUAACACAAAGGCUACAAAUGAGAAAUUGCUUAAACAAAAUCUUACCAGAUCAAAAACCAUGUCAUCCAUUGCUACUAAAGCUGUGAAAAAGCCAGUUUCUGCAACCACAAUGCACGGAGAGGCUAAGAAACCAUUUAAUAGGCCUGCUGUUAAACCACUUGUUCAACAAAGUGGCACUGCAUUAACAAAUAAAUCUAGUCAGAAUACCAUUGAUAGAAAAUUGCAAAAUGGUAAUGCACCUAAACCUUGUAAGUGGGACAUAAAGGGUAGAUUGGCUCAUACACAUGACACAUUGUCUGAUGUACGACAAAAAUAUAAAGAAACUGCAUCAAAGUACAUUGAACUACAAGAACAAGUAAAUAUGUUACAGGCAAAUGAAACUGUGUAUACAACAAAAAUAGAAGAAUAUGAAACUAGGAAUAAGGUAUUAGAUAAUGAACUAAAAGAAUUAGAAGUGGAGUUCAAUAAGGUACAAGUACAAGCAGGGGAUUUAACUAAACGCCUAAAAGAAUCAGAGGAUUCCUGUCAGAAUGUUUCAAACAUAUUGGAAACCUUUAAAAAGAAAUGCAGUUCUCAAGAAAUCUUACUGCAAAAGCAUGAAUCUGUAAUUAAAGAUUUAGAGACAAGAUUAGAGGCUCAGGUAAAGAUUAAUGAAAAUUUAAAUAUAACUAAAAAUGAGUUACAAGCUUUGAUUCAUACAAUGGAUAAAGAUCGUAGAGUUUUACAUAAUGCUAUACAAGAACUGAAAGGAAAUAUCAGAGUUUUCUGCAGGGUGCGUCCUAGGACUCCAAAAGAACUCGACAAAGCGUUGUGUACCAUGAAUUUUGUAGAUGAAUGCACUAUCGAAAUCGGUAAAUCUGAUGGACCUGAAGGAGCUAGUUGUGGAAAAUUGAAAAGAGCUCGACAGGAAUUUUCUUUCGAUAAAAUCUUUCCGCCAUCGACUAAACAAGAAACCGUUUUCGAAGAAUUAGCCAUGCUAGUUCAGUCUGCCUUAGAAGGAUAUAAUGUUUGUGUAUUUGCAUAUGGCCAGACUGGUUCUGGUAAAACGUACACCAUGGAAGGUUUACCGGGCACUGAUAUGGAAGGCAUGAUACCUAGAACGGUACGACAUAUAUUCCAAGAAAUGAAAGAAUUUCAAUUGCUUGGCUGGGAAUAUAAAAUAGAAGCCAGUUUCCUUGAAAUUUACAACGAGCAUAUUGUCGAUUUACUCGAUCCUCAAUCAAAAAUGCAUGAAAUCCGAAUGGCCGAUAGUAAAGGGCGUGAUGUAUACGUGAGUAAUCUCCAUCUAGAGGAAAUACAUAGUCCUGAACAACUGCACGAGUGCCUUUUAACAGCACAACGUAAUAGGGCAGUUGCUGCUACUCAGUCAAACGAACGAUCGUCUAGAUCGCAUUCGGUGGCUAGAAUAAAACUUAUUGGAAGGCAUCAGACGAAAGAAGAGAUUUCGAUAGGAAAUCUGAACUUAGUCGACUUAGCAGGUUCUGAACGAUUGAAAGGCGAGGAAUGUAUUCGAGUGACAGAAACGAAAAAUAUUAAUAAAUCGCUGGCGAAUCUGGGUAAUGUUAUUCUCGCUCUUUUGAAGAAACAAGAACAUAUUCCGUACAGAAACUCAAAGCUUACUCAUUUAUUAAUGCCGUCUCUGGGUGGUAAUUCAAAGACUCUGAUGCUGUUAAACAUAUCGCCUCUAGAUGAAUGUUUCAAUGAAACAUUGAACUCAUUGAGAUUUGCUAGCAACGUAAACAACUGUAAAAUAGGCACUGUAAAGAGAACGCGAACAAUUUCACAAAACUCAGUAUAG